AUGUCUUCCAAGGCCGUGAAUCGUCCUACCGACACCAAGCAGAAGGAGAAGGAUAUCAACCAGAAGCUCCAGCUGUUUGGUAUCUAUCAUGCUUUCAAGAACAGCAAGCUCCCGUCGAACAAGCAGUGUGAUGUCGCCCUGAACACCGCCUUGAACUCCAAGGUCCUCACUUCGCCGCCGUCAGAGCUUUCCAGCGAGGGCAAGGUCCUCGUGCAGGAUCUGCGCAAUGUGAUUGAGCAGGCCAAGAAGAUGCUCCUGACCAAGAACCAGGGCGAGCUUCUCCAGGACUUCAUCUGGCAGGCCCAGCAGAUCACCGCCGAUGAUGCCAAGGCUCCCAAUGUUCCUAUCUCCAAGGAGAACAGCAAGCAGGAUGCCAACAAGGCUCUCGAAGGUCUCAAGACCCUAGGCACUCUGCUGAUUACCAACGGCGAGUUCAGAAAGAUCUUGAGCGAUGCUACCGUCCUUAUGAAGGACAUCGCCGCCGACGCGUCCCAGAAGGCGGCCAACCAAGUUCGCCCGUCUGAGGAGCAGCUCGCGCAGAUCGAUACCCCUGCCGAGGAGAACACCUGGCACGAGAAGCCCAACAUCAACAAGGAUGACCUCAAGUCCAAGUUCAAGAAGAGCGAUAAGUCGAGCGUCGCCAGUCCCUCCAUUGAUGAGACUACGGCCACUACGGCCACUACGGCCACUGCCGACGAUGCGUCGCUCACCCCGUCGGAGCAGAGCCGCCGUAAGAAGUACGCCAACCAGACCAAGGAGUACCUCCAGGAAAAAAUUCCCAAAGAGCGUCGCGAGCAGACCAUCUGGCGUCUGAAGAAGAUGGUCAUUGAGGUCCAGGGCCACGCUGACUACCAGCAAGCCAUUGAGACCCUUCUGGACAUGGCCGAGAAGUAUGCCGGCCACACUAAGAAUGUUGCUGGCCAAAGUGGCUCUGCUGCCAAGGACGUCCGCUCCACUGACAGCGUGCAGGCUGUCGAGAACGACCUGCGCACUCUCAUUGAACGCUUCGCCAACAACACUUCCCUGUCUGAAUUCUUCGAGUCCCUGAACAAGAUCUACCGCGAUGCUGACCAGGACCCCGAGCUGCGUGGCUGGUUCUCGAACAUCGACACCUUCAUCCGCAGGGCCCUCCGCGAGCAGGGCUUCAUCAUGGAGGAAGAGUGCAACCGACAGUGGGACGAGCUCUACGACAAGGGUCGCUACCUUGCCCGUGAGCGCUAUCGCGCCCACACCGACAACAUCGUUGACCAGAUUAAGUUCCUGGCCGAUCAGUUUGAGAAGGACCCCCAGAACAAGGCUCUCGCCGACUCCGUCCAGAAGCUGUUCCUCGACCUCGGCCGCGACUCCGGUGGCAAGGUCGUCUUCAAGAAGCAUUUGCUCAAAGAUGUCCGCGACAUCAUCCUGCCCGGCAUCUUCGAGAACGUCCGCUACGUUCCCAUUCCUCGUAUUGAGGUGUCGGACCCCAUGGUUGAUGUCGUCAUUGAGAACCUUACCGUCGAGAGUGACAACCUGAUGCCCAACGUUGUUGAAUUUGGCAGUGACAACUACUUCCGCUGGGGCCGCAAGAAGAUCUCCAACAAGCGUGACAACAAGAUCAUGAUCGCCGCGUCCGGCAUCCAGGCCGACCUUCGUGAUGUCAGCUACUACAUCAAGAAGAAGCAGGGCUUCCCCACUCUCACCGACACUGGUAUCAUGGAUAUCUUCCUUGGCGGUGAGGGCUUCAGCUUCAAGAUUGCCGCCUCUACUGCCGACAAGAACGACAAGCAGCACUUUGUCAAGCUGGACAAGGUUUCCGUGAACAUCAAGAACAUGAACAUCAAGCUCCGUAAGUCCAACCACAAGGCCCUCUUCGCCACCUUCAAACCCAUGCUCUUCCGCGUGAUGCGACCUGCUCUCGAGAAGGUUAUCGAGGGCCAAAUCCGCAAUGCCUUCGAGGAGGGUGACGCCUACGCGUACGACAUCCACGCUGAGGCCACCAAGGCUCAGGAGGCUGCUCGUGAGGAUCCCGAGAACGCUCCCAGCAUCUUCUCGCGCUACGCCGAUGCCAUGCGCGCCCGCUCCCAGGCCAAGGCCAAGAAGGUCGAGGCCGCCGUCAAGCGCGAUACCAAGGUCCAGACCGUCAUGACUCUGCACGACUCGAUGUUCCCCGACAUCAAGCUGCCCGGCGGCGUCUCCACCAAGUCCACGGAGUACGUCGAGCUUGCCAACAAGGGCGAGCGCUGGGAGUCUCCCAUCUUCAGCAUCGGCGAUGCUAAGGAGUCCUCCGAAAUCCCUAGCGCGGGCACUGUUACCCGCAAGGCCCCUGCCCCUACCACCGAGGGUCUUGCCGGUGCCUCCGGCCCCACCGCGACCACCGGCGCGACCACCGGCAUGACCACCGGCGCGACCCCCGGCAUGACCACUGGCGUGACCCCCGGCAUGACCACCGGCGCGACCCCCGGCAUGACUACUGGCGCGACCACCGGCACCAACGGCUUCUCGCACGAGGUUGACCAGGCUUUCGUCAACGACAAGACCAAGAAUCUUAGCGCUGGUGUCACUAACGGUGCGCAGGCCGUCACCAACGGCUCCACCGUUGCUUAA